AAUACAUUCUUAUAUGUGAAAGAGGCUGGAAUCUAGUAUGAGGGAGAAGGGGAUACAGGAAAUUCGUUUAAAGAGUAUAUUAAGUACAACGUCAUUAGAUAUAGUCUCGAAUAUUUUGAAAUCUUUUUAAGGACAACCGGGCUGGCAGGUAGGAUUUUGUUUCUCCCCGUUUCUGGCCCACACUCCAGUACAGUACGUGGCGGUACUGCGCCAUAACGUUGGAUGCCAACCGCCGAUAAACCCCACCGAAGAAGACAGGACAAGAAACAGUGGAGAGAGCAGGUCGUAAUAAUCGUCAUUUUUGAAUGGUGUAAAUGAAUAAUGGUAGCUGUCUAAUUUGAAAGAAAAACGGAUAACUGGCAAGUUUGUUGGAUAGGAAAGUUGGUUAACAUUGGCAGUGACACAAGCUAACAGGAUUUGGCGACUGGCAGUGACACAAGCGAACAGGCUUUGGCGACAGAGGCAACCGUUAGCGUCUAAGUUAACCAGUCUGCUAGCUAUGAGCUAUCUUGAAGACAAAACCAUGCUCAGUUGAUAACCGCCAUAGAUUGUUAUCUAGCUAGCCAGAGUAGAGACACGAUCAAAGCUAUCGUUAACACGAAAUAUAUGUUUUUUGUCAACUGUUAGCAAUAUCAUUGACGUUGGCCAGGUAACGUUAGCUUUCGUUGUCCUAGUGAGCCCCAGCCAAUGGCCAUUGUUAUAUUGACAAGGCAAGUCACUGAAUAAUUUAUUGGGGCAAAAUGAACUCCGACGAGGCAGCAGCUCCAAAACCUGUCACCGAUGAUGAUGGCAUGUCAUGGUGGUAUCGAUGGCUCUGCAAAAUCGCUGGGGUCCUGGGCGGUGUAUCAUGUGCCAUCUCAGGAGUGUGGAUGUGUGUCACUGUCAACCCCUUAAACAUCGCAGCUGGAGUAUGGAUGGUGUUGAAUGCCUUUGUGUUGUUCCUGUGUGAAGUCCCAUUCUGCUGCCAGUUCAUUGAGUUUGCAAAUGCAGUGGCGGCUAGAGCGGACAAAUUCAAGCCAUGGCAGAAAGCCUUCUUCUACUGUGGGAUGGCACUGUUUCCCAUAUUCCUGAGCUUCUCCAUCACCACGUUGUUUGGGAAUGCCAUUGCCUUUGCUACAGGUGUCCUCUAUGGUCUCGCCUCCCUGGGCAAAAAGGGCGAUGCGGUGAGUUACGCCAGGCUGAAUCAUGAGAAACAGGGGGAUGAGGAGAAGAUGACCGGGACGACUGACGGGUCAAUAUAGUGAGAUGGCUAUCCCAUCAUCCCUUUAUCUGUUCCCACAGAGGAACAACACUAUCCUUAACCAAGGGAAAAUGAUGUCAUCCCUGCUCCUCUCCUUUCCUCCCUCUCAGUUACUGAGUUUAUUUAUUUACCUAAAUGGCUGCAUCUUUGAUGUCUUACUUGGUGUAAUUUUUCCAUAUAUAUUUAAUGUUGUUUGGUCCUUAGUGUGAAUUUUGUUUUCAUGACAUUUUAACAUAAAGGUUUAGCUGCUGUGCUGUUUUUGUUUUCCUGGUUACCCUUUUUGGCAAGUAGGAAAAGUUAUCUACCCUCUUAGCCAAUCCGCCUUUCAAGAAACCUGGGCGAUAGUGAAUGUGAAAGCUUUGUUUUUGUGAAGUUAUUUCCCCAAAUCAUGUUACACUCAUUGUGCCGCCGGAAAUUCAUCCAUUGACAGUUAUCCCAAACGUAUAUACAUUCCAUCCAGUAAACCCAAAGAUAACAAGUCCUCUUUUUGUUUAAUAUCCGUUACUUGCGAUAUACAAUGGAUGUUUAGGUUUAAUGUACCUACAGAGGACCUCGGACACGGAACUAUGAUGUAACCGUGAAUCAUAACAGCUUUCAGUGCAUGUAUAAGAGCUACUUUCUCAGCAUUCUAAAAAUGUGCAUCUAAUCAAACAGCUGCAUGUUGCGUGUGUCUUGAGAAAACCCGAUUAAGAAUGUGAGUUGAAUAGCUAUGCUGCUUUAGCACCUCUUAACCUUUCAAAUGCUAUUGGUGUUCUCUUCUAGAACCUGAUUGAUCUAUGCCACCUCAGAAUGUUUGUGACCCUACAUACAGUAGUGGGAUCUGCCCCAUGGAAGCAUGCUUUAAAGGACUGAUGAGGGAAUGUGUCUUGAUUCAGGGACUAUUUCGUGUGUAACACACAGAGCCAUGAUUUGCCUUUGUCCCUCAGUCAGGUGAAAUAUACACUGUUAUGUCCAACCUCUGAUCACAGGUGUGUUCAGCAACAUGCUACCGUUGGGAUUAUUUCCCACUUUAGCUCUGGAUUGGAAAUAAUUUAGUUACUCAUUGAAAUGGUCACCCACAACCAGUUCUCAGGUAGGCCUAUUUUGUUUCCUAGAUACUGGAUAACUAGCUAACAUGCUAUUGCAGGUCACUUUAACCAAUGCAAAAGGUACUAUCCACAUGAACCAGCUUUUGUAAAAAAAAAAAGAAA